CCCCCCAACGGUCUCCCUUCUCUUUCAUUUAUUUUAUUUUCCGUUUCUCUCCCUUCUCUCUUCUUGCCUUCCUUCCCCUCUCCCCUUCUUUCUUCUGAUUCCUCCUUCUUCCCUCUUCGAAUUCACCAUCUCUCCUACCCCCUCUCCCAGUACCCUUUCCCCUACCCUUGUGCUCUUUUAAAGCCAUUCAAUGAUGUCUUGGGAAUACUAGCAUACUCUCCUCAUUCAGCCGAGCGCGGGACUCUGCGUUAAUUCAAGAGCAAUGUUCUGUGAUGGUGCCCGAGAUGCGUGGACUGAGCCCAGGCCGCAGGCUGCCCGAGCCCGCCCUCUGUCCGGCUGCAGGCGGGAGCCCUGAGGCCAGGGCCGCGGGCCGCCGCCGCCGCCACGUCCUGGCCCUGCCCGAGGAGGAGGCAUGGCGGCCCCAGCACUGCGCCCUGCUCGAGGCCGACGCCUCGGACGAGGCGGGGAUGCUGCCGGCCUCCCCGCGCGCCGCCGCCGCCAGCGGCUUCGACAACUUCUUCCCGGUGCAGGAGGGCGAGGGCCCGGGCUGGGAGGGCGGCUCCAGCCCCUUCCUCCCGAUCAGCCCCGAGGUGAUGAAGCGGCGGCGAGGGGGUCUCAUCGACCAGCGCGACAUCAUCAAGGCCCACGAGGCGCACAAGAUGCAGAGCACCCCGCAGGCGCGGCGCAAGGAGUGGGAGAUGGCUCGCUUCGGGGAGGCAGUGGUCGCCAGGCCAGGGUCGGGCGAUGGAGACUCGGACCAGAGCAGGAACCGGCAAGGAACCCCCGUGCCGGCCUCCGGGCCAGCGGCCGCCUACAAGCAGUCGAAAGCGCAGAGGGCGCGGACUAUGGCUUUGUACAACCCUAUUCCCGUCCGGCAGAACUGUUUCACCGUCAACAGAUCCCUGUUCAUCUUCGGAGAAGAUAACAUUGUCAGGAAAUACGCCAAGAAGCUCAUCGAUUGGCCGCCGUUUGAGUACAUGAUCUUGGCCACCAUCAUUGCCAACUGCAUCGUCUUGGCCCUGGAGCAGCACCUUCCUGAGGAUGACAAGACCCCCAUGUCCCGCAGACUGGAGAAGACGGAACCGUAUUUCAUUGGGAUCUUUUGCUUUGAAGCCGGGAUCAAAAUCGUGGCCCUGGGGUUCAUCUUCCAUAAGGGCUCGUACCUCCGCAAUGGCUGGAAUGUCAUGGACUUCAUCGUGGUCCUCAGUGGCAUCCUGGCCACUGCGGGAACCCACUUCAACACACAUGUGGACCUGAGGACCCUCCGGGCCGUGCGUGUCCUGAGGCCCCUGAAGCUCGUGUCAGGGAUUCCUAGCUUGCAGAUUGUGUUGAAGUCCAUCAUGAAGGCCAUGGUGCCCCUUCUGCAGAUCGGCCUUCUGCUCUUCUUUGCCAUCCUGAUGUUCGCAAUCAUUGGCUUGGAGUUCUACAGUGGGAAGUUGCACCGAGCAUGCUUCAUGAACAAUUCAGGUAUUCUAGAAGGAUUUGACCCCCCUCACCCAUGCGGCGUGCAGGGCUGCCCAGCUGGUUAUGAAUGCAGGGACUGGAUCGGCCCCAACGAUGGGAUCACCCAGUUCGAUAACAUCCUUUUUGCCGUGCUGACUGUCUUCCAGUGCAUCACCAUGGAAGGGUGGACCACUGUGCUGUACAACACCAAUGAUGCCUUAGGAGCCACCUGGAACUGGCUGUACUUCAUUCCCCUCAUCAUCAUUGGAUCCUUCUUUGUUCUCAACCUCGUCCUGGGAGUGCUUUCCGGGGAAUUUGCCAAAGAGAGAGAGAGAGUGGAGAACCGGAGAGCUUUCAUGAAACUGCGGCGCCAGCAACAGAUUGAGCGCGAGCUGAAUGGGUACCGCGCCUGGAUAGACAAAGCCGAGGAAGUCAUGCUUGCUGAAGAAAAUAAAAAUGCCGGAACAUCAGCCUUAGAAGUGCUUCGAAGGGCAACCAUCAAAAGGAGCCGGACGGAGGCCAUGACACGAGACUCCAGCGAUGAGCACUGUGUCGACAUCUCCUCCGUGGGCACACCUUUGGCCCGGGCCAGCAUCAAAAGUGCAAAGGUGGACGGGGCCUCCUAUUUCCGGCACAAGGAGAGGCUUCUGCGAAUCUCUAUUCGCCACAUGGUUAAAUCCCAGGUGUUUUACUGGAUCGUGCUGAGCCUUGUGGCUCUCAACACCGCCUGCGUGGCCAUCGUCCAUCACAACCAGCCCCAGUGGCUCACCCACCUCCUCUACUAUGCAGAAUUUUUGUUUCUGGGACUCUUCCUCUUGGAGAUGUCCCUGAAGAUGUACGGCAUGGGGCCUCGCCUUUACUUUCACUCUUCAUUCAACUGCUUUGAUUUUGGGGUCACAGUGGGCAGCAUCUUUGAAGUGGUCUGGGCAAUCUUCAGACCUGGUACAUCUUUUGGAAUCAGUGUCUUGCGAGCUCUUCGGCUUCUGAGAAUAUUUAAAAUAACCAAGUACUGGGCAUCCCUGCGGAAUUUGGUGGUCUCCUUGAUGAGUUCCAUGAAGUCCAUUAUCAGUUUGCUCUUUCUCCUCUUCCUCUUCAUCGUCGUCUUUGCUCUCCUAGGAAUGCAGCUGUUUGGAGGCCGGUUCAACUUUAAUGACGGGACUCCUUCAGCAAACUUUGACACCUUCCCUGCAGCCAUCAUGACUGUAUUCCAGAUCCUGACGGGGGAGGACUGGAACGAGGUCAUGUACAACGGAAUCCGCUCCCAGGGCGGGGUCAGCUCAGGCAUGUGGUCCGCUAUCUACUUCAUUGUGCUCACCUUGUUCGGAAACUACACGCUGCUGAAUGUGUUCUUGGCCAUCGCUGUGGACAAUCUGGCCAAUGCCCAGGAACUGACCAAGGAUGAACAGGAAGAAGAGGAGGCCUUCAACCAGAAGCACGCGCUGCAGAAGGCCAAGGAGGUCAGCCCGAUGUCUGCGCCCAACAUGCCUUCCAUCGAAAGAGACAGAAGGAGAAGACACCACAUGUCGAUGUGGGAGCCACGCAGCAGCCACCUGAGGGAGCGGAGGCGCCGGCACCACAUGUCGGUGUGGGAGCAGCGCACCAGCCAGCUGAGGAGGCACAUGCAGAUGUCCAGCCAGGAGGCCCUCAACAAGGAGGAGGCCCCGCCCAUGAACCCCCUCAACCCCCUCAACCCCCUGAGCCCCCUCAACCCACUCAAUGCCCAUCCCAGCCUGUACCGGAGACCCCGGCCCAUCGAGGGCCUGGCCCUGGGCCUGGGCCUGGAGCGAUGUGAGGAAGAGCGCGUCAGCCGUGGGGGGUCCCUCAAGCGGGACGGGGGGAGCCUGUCGAGCGCCCUGGACAGCCAGAGGAGCCCCCUGUCCCUGGGCAAGCGGGAGCCACCAUGGCUGGCCAGGCCCUGUCAUGGGAACUGUGACCCCACCCAGCAGGAGGCUGGUGGUGGAGAGACCGUGGUGACCUUUGAGGACCGGGCCAGGCACAGGCAGAGCCAGCGGCGCAGCCGGCACCGCCGUGUCAGGACGGAGGGCAAGGAGCCCUCCUCCGCCUCCCGGAGCAGGUCUGCCAGCCAGGAGCGGAGUCUGGAUGAAGACGCGCCUGCCGAGGAGGAGAGGGACUGUGAGCCCAGGGGCGGCCAUGGGGGCAAGGAGCCCAUGAUCCACAAAGAGCGAUCCCAGGACCUAAGGAGAACCAACAGUCUGAUGGUGUCCAGAGGUUCCGGGCUGGCAGGAGCGCUCAAUGAGGCAGACACACCCCUCGUCCUGCCCCAGCCAGAGCUGGAAGUGGAGAAGGAUGCCGCGCUGACAGAGCAGGAGCCAGAGGGCAGCAGUGAGCAAGCCCUGCUGGGGGACGUGCAGCUGGACAUGGGCCGGGUCAUCAGCCAGAGCGAGCCCGACCUCUCCUGUGUCACAGCCAACACAGACAAGGCUGCCACCGAGAGCACCAGCAUCACCGUCGCCAUCCCCGACGUAGACCCCUUGGUGGACUCGACCGUGGUGCACAUUAGCAACAAGACUGAUGGAGAAGCCAGUCCGUUGAAGGAAGCAGAGAUCAAGGAGGAGGAGGAGGGGGGGGAGAAGCAGCAGCAGCAGAAGGAGAAGCGUGAGACGGGCAAAGCCAUGGUGCCGCACAGCUCCAUGUUCAUCUUCAGCACCACCAACCCCAUCCGCAGGGCCUGCCACUACAUCGUGAACCUGCGCUACUUCGAGAUGUGCAUCCUCCUGGUGAUCGCAGCCAGCAGCAUCGCCCUGGCAGCCGAGGACCCCGUCCUGACCAACUCGGAGCGCAACAAAGUGCUGAGGUACUUUGACUAUGUUUUCACCGGCGUGUUCACCUUUGAGAUGGUUAUAAAGAUGAUCGACCAGGGCCUGAUCCUGCAGGACGGGUCCUACUUCCGGGACCUGUGGAACAUCCUGGACUUCGUGGUGGUGGUCGGUGCGUUGGUGGCCUUUGCUUUGGCAACCAACAAGGGGCGUGACAUCAAGACGAUCAAGUCGCUGCGGGUGCUCCGGGUGCUGAGGCCACUGAAGACCAUCAAGCGCCUGCCCAAGCUCAAGGCCGUCUUCGACUGUGUGGUGACCUCCUUGAAGAACGUCUUUAACAUCCUCAUUGUCUAUAAGCUCUUCAUGUUUAUCUUUGCUGUCAUCGCAGUUCAGCUCUUCAAGGGCAAGUUCUUUUACUGCACGGACAGCUCCAAGGACACCGAGAAGGAGUGCAUAGGCAACUACGUCGAUCAUGAGAAAAACAAGAUGGAGGUGAAAGGCCGAGAAUGGAAGCGCCACGAGUUCCACUAUGACAACAUCAUCUGGGCCCUGCUGACCCUCUUCACCGUCUCCACGGGGGAAGGGUGGCCUCAAGUCUUGCAGCACUCCGUCGACGUGACCGAGGAAGACCGGGGCCCGAGCCGCAGCAACCGCAUGGAGAUGUCCAUCUUCUACGUGGUCUACUUCGUGGUCUUCCCUUUCUUCUUCGUCAACAUCUUCGUGGCUCUCAUCAUCAUCACCUUCCAGGAGCAAGGGGACAAGAUGAUGGAGGAGUGCAGCCUGGAAAAGAAUGAGAGGGCGUGCAUCGACUUCGCCAUCAGUGCCAAGCCGCUCACCCGCUACAUGCCCCAGAACAGACACACCUUCCAGUACCGCGUCUGGCACUUCGUCGUGUCUCCGUCCUUUGAGUACACCAUCAUGGCCAUGAUCGCCUUGAACACCGUCGUGCUGAUGAUGAAGUACUACUCUGCUCCCUGCACCUAUGAACUGGCCCUGAAGUACCUGAAUAUCGCCUUCACCAUGGUGUUUUCCCUGGAAUGUGUCCUAAAGAUCAUUGCAUUUGGCUUCUUGAACUAUUUCCGAGACACCUGGAACAUCUUUGACUUCAUCACCGUGAUCGGCAGCAUCACAGAAAUUAUCCUGACAGACAGCAAGCUGGUGAACACCAGUGGCUUCAACAUGAGCUUUCUGAAGCUCUUCCGAGCCGCCCGCCUCAUCAAGCUUCUGCGCCAGGGCUACACCAUCCGAAUUUUACUCUGGACCUUCGUGCAGUCCUUCAAGGCCCUCCCCUACGUCUGCCUUUUGAUCGCCAUGCUUUUCUUCAUCUAUGCCAUCAUUGGGAUGCAGGUGUUUGGAAACAUCAAAUUAGACGAGGAGAGUCAUAUUAACCGGCACAACAACUUCCGGAGUUUCUUUGGGUCCCUCAUGCUCCUCUUCAGGAGUGCCACCGGGGAGGCCUGGCAGGAGAUAAUGCUGUCGUGCCUCGGGGAGAAAGGCUGUGAGCCGGACACCACCGCGCCGUCGGGGCAGAGCGAGAGCGAGCGCUGCGGCACCGACCUGGCCUACGUGUACUUUGUCUCCUUCAUCUUCUUCUGCUCCUUCCUGAUGCUCAACCUGUUCGUGGCCGUCAUCAUGGACAACUUCGAGUACCUGACUCGGGACUCGUCCAUCCUGGGGCCUCACCACCUGGACGAGUUUGUCCGUGUCUGGGCGGAGUACGACAGAGCCGCGUGUGGCCGCAUCCAUUACACUGAGAUGUAUGAAAUGCUGACUCUCAUGUCACCACCGCUAGGCCUCGGCAAGAGAUGUCCCUCCAAGGUGGCAUAUAAGAGACUGGUCCUGAUGAACAUGCCAGUGGCUGAGGACAUGACCGUCCACUUCACGUCCACACUUAUGGCUCUGAUCCGGACAGCUCUGGACAUUAAAAUCGCCAAAGGUGGCGCAGACAGGCAGCAGCUAGACUCGGAGCUGCAGAAGGAGACCCUGGCCAUCUGGCCCCACCUCUCCCAGAAGAUGCUCGACCUGCUCGUGCCCAUGCCCAAAGCCUCUGACCUAACCGUGGGCAAAAUCUAUGCAGCGAUGAUGAUCAUGGACUACUAUAAACAGAGUAAGGUGAAGAAGCAGAGGCAGCAGCUGGAGGAGCAGAAAAACGCACCCAUGUUCCAGCGCAUGGAGCCCUCAUCUCUGCCUCAGGAGAUCAUUGCUAAUGCCAAAGCCCUGCCUUACCUCCAGCAGGACCCCGUUUCAGGCCUGAGUGGCCGGAGUGGAUACCCUUCGAUGAGUCCACUCUCCCCGCAGGAAAUAUUCCAGUUGGCUUGUAUGGACCCAGCCGAUGAUGGACAGUUCCAGGAACAGCAGUCUCUGGAGCCAGAGGUUAGUGAAUUAGAAAGCGCGCAGCCCUCUAACCAUGGCAUCUACCUUCCUUCGGACACCCAGGAGCAUGCGGGAUCGGGGAGGGCGUCCUCUAUGCCACGCCUGACUAUGGAUCCCCAGGUGGUGACGGACCCUAGCUCCAUGAGACGCUCAUUUUCCACUAUCCGGGACAAGCGUUCAAACUCCUCAUGGCUAGAGGAGUUCUCCAUGGAGCGAAGCAGCGAAAACACGUACAAGUCGCGCCGCCGGAGCUACCACUCCUCGCUGAGGCUGUCAGCCCACCGCCUGGGCUCCGACUCUGGCCACAAGUCCGACACCCACCGCUCAGGGGGCAGAGAGCGGGGACGAUCGAAAGAGCGGAAGCACCUUCUGUCCCCUGACGUGUCCCGCUGCAACUCCGAGGAGCGAGGGACCCAGGCCGACUGGGAGUCCCCAGAGCGCCGUCAGUCCCGGUCUCCCAGCGAGGGCAGGUCACAGACCCCCAACCGACAGGGCACGGGGUCCCUGAGCGAAAGCUCCAUCCCUUCCGUCUCUGACACCAGUACCCCAAGACGAAGUCGUCGGCAGCUCCCCCCUGUCCCUCCCAAGCCUCGGCCCCUCCUUUCCUACAGCUCCCUGAUGAGACACAGUGGAAGCAUCUCCCCACCUGCUGAUGGAAGCGAGGGUGGCUCCCCACUGGCCUCCCAAACUCUGGAGAGCAGCGACGCCGGCCUGCCUGAGUCUUCCAAUCCGCGGCACGCGCCGCAGGGCCUGCGCCCCUCCCCACAGCGCUACAUCUCCGAGCCCUACCUGGCCCUGCACGAAGACUCGCACGCCUCGGACUGCGGCGAGGAGGAGACGCUCACCUUCGAAGCCGCCGUGGCUACCAGCCUGGGCCGCUCCAACACCAUCGGCUCGGCCCCGCCCCUGCGGCACAGCUGGCAGAUGCCCAAUGGGCACUAUCGGCGGCGGAGGCGCGGGGGGCCUGGACCAGGCAUGAUGUGUGGCGCUGUCAGCGACCUCCUGAGUGACACAGAAGAGGACGACAAAUGCUAGAGGCUGCUCCCCCCUCCGAUGCAUGCUCUUCUCUCAUGCGGGGAAAACCAAGACCCAAAUUGGGAAGCCGGUGCGGCCCGGGGGGGAGGAAGAGGGAGGAAGGAGACGGAUGGAAGGACACGGUGCGCUAUCAGAGAAGAGGAAGGAAAGGACGAGAGGAACACCAGUCCAGCCCACCGAAUCGCUUUGUUUCCCUGUGCAGGAUGGGCACUGCCAUAGUUCUGCCUCUCUGCUGGGGAAAGAACACACAAGAACACGGAGGGUUAGUCCCAGGGGAGAAGGGACACAAGGAUGGCUUUGCUUCCCCUUGCCCCUGCCCACUUUUCUACAGCCCUGGCAGGGCCGAGCCGGCCUGCGUCCACGCCCAUUGCCCUGAGAAGCCUGGAAGACUUUGUGACUCUUAACUGAGGAGUCGUGAAGACGCUAGGAGAGGAACCUUGUCCCCCACCAGCUCGUGUUCCUCAGCCAGUGCCACUGCCACCAGGGUGACUGCAGCAGCAUCUCAUGUGUGACCCUGGGGCUUGCUUCCCCCAGAGAAGCACAGGCUGAGUUCAGGAUGCCAGGGAUAGGAGGCGGGGAGGGAGGAGGAAGGAGAAGGCCUCGGGCGCUGUGGCGGCAGCAGCGAGGGCUGGUCUGGAUGAGCAAAGCCAUAGUCCGGCAGCCCACGCCAUAGAGGAGGGGACCAAAGAAGCAGCGAGCUGGUGGUGCUGGGCGGGGCCAUCCUGUCAGCCACUCAGGCUAAGGAGGGCCCCUGGCGUCCACAGAGGUGCCUGAGGCUCUGGUAAGGGUGAUACUGUCAAAGGAUUUAACAACCUGUGUAACCAGGCCACCAGCUGAUUAGAGUGGGGUCCAGCCUCAGUGCUGGGGUGCCAUGCCACGGCGGGCCUGAGCCUUGGAGACGCUGGCCGUGGAGCAGCCUAGGGUAGGGUGAGGCCGUGGAGCAGCCUAGGCACUUAGGGGGCUCCAGGCAGAGUCUGUAUUCCAACCAGCAGAGAAGUGGUCCAGUGUGUGGAACAGCAUCAAGGCCACCCCAGUACACGCCGGCUGAGUGUCAGCCCAGACUCUGGUCCAGGAGGCAGAGGGCCUCUCUGCCAAGUGGCAAGGCCAGUGCGGCCGAGUGCCCAUGGCCUGGCGACCCCCCAAGAGGGCAGCACACAUAUCCAAGGUGGACUACGCACCACCUGGUAGGGACUUCCAUAGAGAUGGGAGAGGCCAGCAGAUCGAAACAAGAGAAGCUGCAGUGAGAGAGGCGGUCUGCAGGGAGGAACCUCGGUCUGGCAGCUUCUGCAGCUGGUUUGUGGUUGAGGCUCAGCAGGUCAGGGGACUGCAAGGUGAUUAGUAAACAUACCUCAGCAUAGACACCGGCUGCUCUUCUAGCAAAGCUGGCUUGGAUGGGCUUCAGCGCACAGUGUGACAGACCUGGGCCUUAUCCCUGCCCCGAGUAGGCGCUGAGCAGGAGACAGCCUCAGGACAUUGUUCCUAACCCCCAAAACUCAGAUGCAGGGAGAAAAAGAGAGCCCUUCCUUGGCUGAUCAGCGCUCCUUUUUUUUACAUAGAUUGUCCGCUCAGUAGACACACACCAUCCCCUAGGUCCCUCUCCUUCCCCAGCACCGUCACUGAGGUGGAAGGUUCUCCUGGAGCAGGGACCAGGCAGGGCCCCCCUUUCCCAGCCAGGAGCAGAUGGAGCCCGCCUCACGGAGCCCUCCCUGGGGAGGAUCAGAGGUCCCCGGCCUGACCUGGCAGGGGAUGAGCAGUCUGUACCCUCCUCCAGCCCAGACUCCACCUCUUGGGUAGAGGCAGUCAGUGGCCGUUAUUUUUCUAAGAAGGAGCCUCUUUUUUCUUACAAAGUUGGUUUUUUUGUUUUGUUGUUGUUGACAUAGAAAUAAGGCAUAGCUGCGUCAGCUCUGAAAAGUCAAGUUCAACCCUAUGGCUGCAGAAUCCUUUGAGUUGGCCCUGCCUUCUAGACAUUGAUGGGGCUGAAUUCAGGACCCACCGUCAGCCCCCAAACCAAAGUUGUCCUGGGCCAGGAGACCAGGCAUGCAGAGACAGAGGCCUCCUGCUCUCAAAGCCUCUUCCCUUUUCACUUUGCCCCCCGACUCAGCACACUUGGGGUACCCGGGAAUGCGGUCUGUGACACCUGAGCCUAACAGGCGUAAUGGUUGCACAAGACUCAGCUUCUGGGCCUUGUACUGUCUCAAAGGGUCCCUCUGCUCAGCGUCAUUUCACGCCAAAGUGCUGCUUCAGGCUGCUUUGUGUGCGCAGAACUGCUUGCUUUCACCUCGGAAAUGCAGCUUUCCCAGGGGACAGGCCGACGACAGGGGGGCCGUUCUGCGCCGGCCAGAGUCUACCGCCUUGUGUUCUGAGCGAGGGAGUGUGAAGUGACACCUUACGCCGUUGCACCAGGAGGAGUUCAGGCUGGCAGAGCAAUUACCAGAAAUGGAAUUUGCCUGCAAACAACAUUACAAACAUACUACAAACACAAAAUUUACCACGCCGGGAAAGCUUCCCGGACACCUGAACUCCUUAAACUCACGCGCGCCGGGGUCCUGAGCAAAGCGGCAGGAGUGUGGGUGCAGCCCUCCGCCACCUGGGCUCCUCUAGCGCUCGUGAACCUAUGAACUCAUCUUAUUCAACUUCCCCUGACCAACAAAUCAGGUUUCUUAUCCCUUAGCCUGCAUUACCCUUCUAUUAAGGCCAGAAAAGCAAAGGCAAUUUUCUGUUAAGUCACGGAACUCAUUAGCAUAAUCUUAUAAUGGUUUCCUUCCGCCUCUGAAUAAAUAGGAACCCCGAACGCCCCUCUAAUAGCCGACUGCGAGAUCCAGUCCUAGGCAGGAGGUUCUGCCUUUUUCCCUUGAAAAGAGGCCCCCUUAAAACCCCAAAACCUGUGCUUCUCUUUGGAUUACAAAGUGUGGCAGCAGCUUGAGAAAUUGCAGGCGAAGUAGGACCAAGUACCAGGGUUGGAUCUCACACUGAGUACCGUAGGCCCCCCUGAAGAAUCUUUAGCUCCAGGCCCAGUUUCCCUUGCUAAUAUGAGUCUUCAGAGUCCCCUCAAAACCAAACAGAGGAAGGUGGUGCGGAGGGGAGGGGAAAAGAAGGGG